AUGCCCUCUCCAAGGCCUCAAGGAAUCCGGAAUAACUUAUUCUUCGGUGGCAAGGUUACCGCGUCUGGAAAAAAGGACAAACCACAACCGGGACGUAAUUUAUCUCAUUCACCGGUCUCACGUCUUCCAGAUGACGCGGAAAAAGGAAGGUGCGGUGACACUCAUCAUAACUCAGCAAUGCGAUGUGUAGGGAAUUAUCUUUAUGCCCUUGUUUUCGGUCAAGAUGAAUCUGACAACCUGGACAAUUUUAUCGAGAACGAUGACACUCUCAGAAGGUCUGGCGCGCAGCUGGUACGCCCCUGGUGGGUUGUGUUGCUUUUAGAGAUUGUGGCAUUCUUUCGGAGACGACGGGUGUACCUGGGGUUGUUUGUGGUAGUACUGGCGGUGGUACUCUCGUCGCAGGCACAGGAAGUGUUCGAGUCCGUCACGAGUCCAUUUAUCGUGGCCGAGCCGAACCGGCCCGGGUUAACGUUUUUAGAUAGGUUCAACGGCGGCCGGGCCGAGUUGCCGCGGAAGCAUCCAGUGAUUAUCAUUCCCGGAUUCGUCACGAGUGCGAUGGAUCUGUGGGAGGCGAAGCAGACCUGUUUGGAUAGGCAGCCCUCGUUCUCGCAUUCCAUCUUUCGUCAGCGAAUGUUCGGCCCCUCUAUGCUCUUCCUCAUUCUGACGGAUCCCGCGUGCUGGUUGGAUCUCUUCUCCAUGGACAAGACUACUGGUCUUGACAAAAAAGGGAUCAAGGUGCGACCAGAUUCCGGUCUCGCCUCCGUCGACUAUUUUGUACCUGGCUACUGGGUAUGGGCGAAGGUGAUCAUUAACCUGGCGGACAUUGGCUAUGAUCCGCAGGACAUUAUGGUCAUGACAUACGACUGGCGUCUUUCACCCCAAAAGGCGCAUGAUCGGGAUGGCAUUUUCCAUAAUAUCCGCAGCUCCAUUAUGCUUCAAUAUCAAAAAUUUCAACAGCGUUUGGUUGUGAUUUCACACAGUUAUGGCGCCCUGGUGGCGCUAGACUUCUUCAAAUGGGCAGAGAUGCAGGAAAAGGGCUUCAUGAAUAAAUACGUGGCCUACUACAUUAACGUUGGUGGGACGGUGCUGGGCCUGCCCAAGGCCGCCUCCGCGCUCCUGCAAGGCGACGUCAAAGACACGCUCACGAUGCCACGGUCCGCCCGCCGCGUCCUCGACACGUUCGUAACACAGGGUGCGCGAUAUAACUGCACACGAACAUGGAGCUGUCUGAUUAACAUGCUGCCGCAUGGCUGCGAGGAAGAAAACCCACAUCUGUGGACCUUUUCGAAUGGAACGGCUCUUGGGAUGCGUGAACUGGCUGAAAUAGUGAUUCAAGAGUGCGAGCGCUCCGGGCACACGGAUUGCGCUCGGCAAAUGCGACGGUAUUAUGAAAUUCUCGAUGAGCUGCCUGUGCUCCCACCGGCCCCAAACACAACCGUGGUGUGUCUAUACGGUGUCAACAAGACGACAGAGGUGGGCUACCGUAUCGAGGACACACGCGGCAGCAAUGGGAUUUGGAACACCAAUAUGGACUACAACGACGCGAACACCAGCCAAGGGGUUCAUCUUGGCAACGGCGAUGGAACGGUACCGCUCCUGUCGCUUGGGUACAUGUGCAGGGCACCAAAUGGGUGGCAGCAGAACGUGGGCCGCGUCGUGACUGUCGAAUACCCACAUGACGAGCAGAACAGAGUCUUAAGCCUGCGCGGUGGGAGUGUCAGCGGCGAUCACGUAGACAUUCUCGGCAACUAUGGAUUCAUCGAAACCAUAUUGAAGGUCGUAAGUGGGUUGGAUGCUGUCUCCCAGGGAGGGGAAGGCGAUACGCCUAGCAACGUUGAUCCUGCUACAAAUCACACUGAGACAACCCGACUGAAAGACACAAUUUUCUCAAACAUCGAUACAAUCAUCCAGCAAAAUCGAAGAUGUCUAGCCAAGCCAAACCGCCCUAUUGUAUCAAAUUCAUCUGGUUCUCAAACUAGCGUUUCUCUUUAG